AUGCCCGUUAUGCGGGGACAAACUUCAAACCCGCCAAAUGUACCCGCACCCUGGGGACAUCCAGUACGGAAGGCCCAUUCCCUGAUAUUUUCGUCGCGAAAACAAAACCACCGCAUUUACCCGAGACUGCUAGACCAUUUGGAGGCAAGUAUGUCUGAAAGGAAAGCGGUUAUCAAGAAUGCUGACAUGUCAGAGGAUAUGCAGCAAGAUGCCGUAGACUGCGCCACUCAGGCCCUCGAGAAAUUCAACAUUGAAAAGGACAUUGCCGCCUUUAUCAAGAAGGAAUUCGACAAAAAGUACAACCCGACAUGGCACGCAAUUGUUGGUCGCAACUUCGGCAGCUACGUGACCCAUGAAACGAAACAUUUCAUUUACUUUUACCUUGGACAAGUUGCAAUCUUGUUAUUUAAAUCCGGAUAA